GAGCUAUUGAUUUUCCAGGGGGAGGCUGCCUGGGGCACGGCGCUACGCGGCGCCCAGGCGGCCAGGGGCAGGGAUGCGACCCGGGGAUGAGGGUGGUCCAGGGUGUGGUGUGAUCUGGGUUGUGACCUCAAUAGCUGUCCUGGCCCAAUGACCUGCCACAACUGAGGUGGGGAUGCUGGCGUGAGUGUGGUGGAAGUCCCCUUUCUACUCUUACAAGGGGUGACAAGAUAUCUUUGCAUUUUAGCAAAUAUUUGCGUUUGAGGAUCAGAAUGUCGGACCAAGACACACCUGGCAGACUGCCAUUCAAAAUUGUCGACUACACCAGGGAGAAGAAGUUUGGCAUUGUUGCUGGUAGUUUGGAAGAACUGGUGUCCAAGGCCUGUGAAAAGCUGGAAGUAGAUCAGAAUGCUGUUGUGAAAAUUGUACUUGAUAUGGAUGGAACAGAAGUUGAUGAUGAAGAAUACUUUGAUACAUUGGAGAGUAACACUGUUCUGAUGCUGCUUAUUGACUCUCAAAGGUGGUUAAUGCACGGGAAACCACGCGGCUGCAUAAUCAUGGAUGAGACAGAUGGCAGAUGUGGCCAAGCAAGGCAGCUGGUGGAGAGACUACACUCAGAUAUGUCAUACAUCACAAUGUUAGGUGGGAAGGAGCUUGAGAUGUUGACAGACAUGGAUCCAGAAAGUUUGUCUGAUAUUGACAGGACCUUCGUGGAGCAGUUGCAGCAGGCAAGCGGGCGCUUCCUGGCCGAGCGCCGUGAGGCUCAGGAUGCUCUUCAUAUGCUGAAGCUCUACAACUCCAAAGAUGAUUUUCAGCAAAGCAAGAAAGAAAAAGUAUGAGAUUUAGCCAACGAGAGCAGUGACUGCUUCUCGUUGAAUGUGUGACAUUUUGCCUCCCAGCUGCGCCAUCUUGUACAUCGACCAAACAGACUACCCAUGGGUUUCAGAAUUCGUUUUCGUCAUCUUGAUGUAGUCUUUAUUCUAUAAAAUGAAACCCUUGAUGUACAUGGCAUACUAUUGUGCUAUGAUUAAUUAAGACCAAAUGAUAAAAUUUGUUUGGUAAGAUAAAUCAUAAUGUGCAGCUGGGAUUUAAAAUAUUUUGUGCAAUGUAAAGGAAAGGGUGCAGUCAAACAUUUCCAGAAACUGAUAAAACUUACAGAUUUCUGUAAUGUAACUCUUGCCAGUUUCAAUCAGUAUGAGAUUUGUUGCAUCAACUAUUCUAUUCAAAGUCAAAACAGCGCUUUGGUCUUGACCCUUUCCUAUCCUACCUAGUUUAAUUUGUAAAAUGCUUUUGAUGUUGCCUCAAAAAAGUAAGACAUCAAAAACUGAUACUAUUUAUUAUGUAUUUCCCUGUAUUUUUAAAGUUUAUUUCAAUCCUUAUGACAAGCAAGAUUUUAUUCUAGCAUGAAUGAACCUUGUAACUUGGGUGAGGUGAAAAACGAUUAUUUGAUUGUUCUGAUGACGACGCCUGUCUUCUUUAACUGAUAAGGACUGCAACGAUGAGGAUCAGCUCAAACACUGCCAUGUUUCUUUCUACUUCCUUCCAUUUUGUACUUAUUACCACUUUUCAAUUUGUGGUUUACCAUUUUGACUUAGUAUUUUAAUGCAUUUCAAAUCUAUUACUAUGACAAAAGGUAUUGUUUAAUGAAUGUUUGAAAAAACUGCCAUAUUAAUAACGGAAACAUUGAAUAUAUUGGUCAAUUAAAAGCUCGCUGAUGAUUUUGUAUUUUAAUUAUUGUUCCAAAAAUUAAACUGUUUCCUUUUUUUGCUGGAAAGUAACAACUUGACAAUCAGCUAGGCUCAAAAAUUGAAGGUUUAAAUCUGACCGUUUCAUGUCCAGUUACUCAUCCGCAAAGCAAACUUGAUUUCUAUCUAGCGUAUGUAUUUGUUUCUUUGAAUAGCACAGAUAUAUGUUAUCAUUGUUGUAUGGGAAACUAACAAAAUCACCAGGGGACCAAACUCCUACCCACUGGACUACUUCUCCACAAAUUUAAUCGUGUUGCCACUGUUGGAGAUAUUAUUUAGCACUGUCAGUUAAGAAGACUUUGAAAGUCAACAUAGUUUGGGUAUGCAAAAUCUGCAGACUUUGGUGGCUGCAGUUUUGAGAUGAUGGAUUAAAUAUUCUGUCUCAAGCUAUUUGAAAGCACUCUAAAUCCUUUGUGCACUAUAUUUCUACAAUUUAACCAUAGUUGUUUUUUGCUCAUUGUCCUAUUUUAUAAUCAUUUCCACUGCCUUAUCCAGCUCCCAUAUUGCGGUUUGAUUGAUGGGUGACAAACGUACUUGAAAGAGAAGUUUCUAUGGCUUUGUUUCUGAUUCAUGUGAGGAAGUUCCUCAAAGUUGUAAGGUGCACAUCUCAUGAUCUAAACUUUUGAAGCACCGUUUCUCUUAACUAUAUUACCUAAUGGCAUUCUUGUGCAUUGUCACAUAGCUUGAAGUAUUGAAGCUUUUCUUGGGGGAUAGCAUUUGUUAACACUUUUUCAGUGUUGGUAAUUGUCAUAAUAUUAGUAAUAAUAACCAAUCAAAGUUACAUUCACAUGCAUCUGCCUAUUUAUUCAUAUAUGCACUUAUUUGUAUGAUGCAUUAAACUAAAUAAUUUAAAAGAUGUUAACAGUUUUAGUUCCUGUUUUUCUGUGAUUUGCUGCUGACUGUAUUGGUUUGCUGAUUGCCUCAACCUCUAAUUUCCCUCAAAGUUUUAAUAUAAAUAAUGGUGACACCAUUACUUCUAAUAAUACAAAUAAUCAUGUAGCAUUGAUGUGUAGUGAAUGUCUUAAAGAAAAGAUUUGUGGUUGGAGGAAAGUUGUAAGGAAUGAUAUUUUAUAACUUAGUUUAAUUGGUAACUCUCGUCAAAAUGAUGGUGGCAAAGGACGAUAAUAUUAUUAAUCAAUUUCCCAAGACCUCGUGCAAUGAUUCGCCAUAUUCGAUUUCUGUUUGGGAAUGUUGAGGUAAAUGGGAGGAGAAUAAGUAGAGCGGAAGUAGACUCUGAGGUAGACUGUAACGUAUUGUGUAAGGAAUUUUUUUUUAUUUAAUUUUUUUUUGUCUGAUUUUUUUGUUUUGUUGAGUCCACCAGAAUAACACCUAAGUUAAAAAUGAUAAAUGUUUAAAACCCUUUAAAACAAAAUUCUACAUUAUAAGACUUGCAUGAUGCUGCAAAAUGACUGUCUCAGACUGAAAGAGAUCUCUAUUGUGGACUGCUGGAAGUGGAGGUAAUGAAUGAGACUUUGAUUGUGAUUAUGUGAUGAGGGAUCUAUUCAUUUCACUACAUUCUUGUGUGCUUUUUGUGUUUAGUUAAAUUUUUUUAUUGUUAUAUUCUUUGUGUGCAUCAUAUCAAAUUAUAGAAGUGAAUUAUGCUUUGAAUGGUUCGGCAAGUACGUAAGGUGUUUGAGCGUGAGGGAAGCAUGCCCUUCUCUCAAGGUUUGAGAGACUAACAUAAGUUAUGCUGUAAAUAAUGAGCCAUGUAUGUAUUAGGCAUUUUAGUAUAUGUGGCAUUUCAAAUGAAAAGUAAUGGAAUGAUUGGCACUGAAUUGGCUUUAUUUCGAUGUCUUGAUGUAAUUUUGCAUGUUCUCAUGAUUACGAAAUUGCUCAGACACUCAACUACUGAUUUCAGUUUAGAAUUCUUGUGAUUUUUGGAACAUGUGGAUCAACAGAAGUACAUAGUGUACUGUGCAUCUUGCUUUAAAUUUCAGUUUGACUGAUUAGACUAAACUUUUGGAAACAUUUUGUCAGUCUUCAUUUCAUAAGUUUCGUACUCAUUUGUGAAGAUUUGGUUCAAACAAUCUCCUGCAAUGUUUGUUUUACUCUUCAUGAAACUGAUUAAUAUUGGUCACAAAUUGAGUCCAGAAAGCUGUAAGUUUGGAGUAGGGCUACAUCUACAGAAGAUAGAAUGCAUAGAAGACUAGAGAACUAUGAGAUGGCUGAUGCUCAACUUUUAAUUCUUGUAAGUGCACGCAUAUUGCGUGUUGCUACAUAUGUAUUUAAAUGGUGUAGUAAUAAAUUUGUCUGUUCACACUAUGUA